CUCACCUGCAUCAGAGAACAUUAGUGGUCGUUAGAGACCAGAGCCGUCUCAGUACAAGGCUGUAAACCCUGACAGAAAGCGUGCUUGGAACAGGAAGGGAAUCCUCCUGUAGAGAACGGGUGACGACAGCUAGUAGAGCGAGGCCAGAGAAAGGCAACACUUUAUAAACCAGAGAAGAUGGUCCUGAGGGCUAAAGGAGAGCUCCGACAGACAUCAGCUCACCAACAGAGAAGGUAAAGAACAUUGUAACACUUUAUGUGGAUGGUCCGCCUGCAGCUGUCGGGAUGAAACGCCUGUCGUCUCUGGAGCUUCUCCUCACCUGCGUGUCCUCUCUUCUUCUGGUCUGUUGUGUCGGACUGAUCGUGGUUUCCUGGAUCAGCCUGAAGCCUGAAGGCGGCGAGGAGCCAGCGGUGCUGACGGCUCGGAUGGUGAUCACGCAGGGAGCCGUUUUCUCCGAAGAGCUGAACAACUCCAGCAGUCUGCUCUUUAAAGCUCUGGCCUUCGACGUCCAAACCCUGGUGUCUGAGGCGUUCAGUCACAGCGAGCUCAGACGUCUCUUCAAGUCCUGUCAGGUUUUAUACUUCAGUCGGGGCAGUGUGGCGGUGACCUUUGACCUCUGGUUCAAUCAGAUGAUUGAUGUGAAGGAGGCGGAGCAGCAGCUGGCGGCGGGGCUUCAGGAAGUCGGGUCUACGGGAUUGGUGAUCGACAUAAGCCGCAUCCAGAUUACAGAGAAAGAAGACAAGACGACGGCUUCACCGACGAUCGUCACACCUACAGCAGUAACGUGUCCUCCCCAUCACGCUUCGUGUGCUGAUGAAUCGACGUGUGUUCUGAUCGAUCGGUUCUGUGACGGAGUGGACGACUGUCCUGACGGCUCUGAUGAGGACGCCGCUCGCUGUGCGACAGCGUGUGACGGACAGUUUGUGCUGAGCGGGCCGAGCGGGUCGUUCAGUUCAUCAGGUGACUCGGAGACGUACGACAGCAGCAGCUUCUGCCGCUGGAUCAUCAGGGUGGACAGAGGCCUUUCUGUUCAGAUCAGCUUCCAGCAGUUUGAAACAGAAGAAAACAUCGACAUGCUGAGGCUCUAUGAAGGAGUCGGGGAGGACAAACACCUGGCAGCUGAGCUCUCAGGCUCCGCCCCUCCCGGGACUGUGUGGCUGCUGACCGACCAAUCAACGGUGGAGUUUACUUCUGAUGAGGUCAACAACCUGUCAGGAUUCAACGCCACCUACAGCGCCGCCAACACCUCCACCCUCUCAGACCAGCAGAAGCUGAGCUGCUCCUUUGAGCAGGGCAUGUGUUUCUGGAGGCAGCAGCAGGACGAUGAUGGAGAUUGGAUUCGAACCAGGGGCCCCACGUUUCCUCCGCUGACCGGCCCGAGUGUUGACCACACGCUCGCCGACGGCUCAGGUUUCUACAUCGUCACUCCUCUGAGUCCCAGCCAAUUUCUAAAGAGAUUCAGGAUCUACAGCCUCCCUCUGACUGCGCCCACACAUCCCAUGUGCCUGAGCUUCUGGUACCACAUGUUUGGAGAAGAUGUCGACCAUCUCAGAGUCCUGCUGCUGUCCGAAGCUGCCGCUACUGUGGCGUUCCAGAGAGACGGUAACUAUGGCGACAACUGGAACUACGGCCAGGUGACCCUAGACAUGACCACGGAGACCACGGUGGUGUUUGAAGCUCUGAAAAAAGGAGGGAUGCUGAACGACAUCGCUUUGGAUGACAUCACACUUACCUCUGAUGCCUGUGGCCCCGCCCCCCCUGAACCAACCAAUGUCCCGCCUCCACCAACCCCUCCCCCCAUGCCAGCUGACUGCGGAGGACCCUUUGACCUCUGGGAGCCAAACUCCACCUUCAGCUCGCCAAAUUACCCGCAAUCCUACGGCAACAAGGCUACGUGUCUGUGGACUCUUCACGCCAGCGAAGGUCAGAACAUCCAGCUACACUUCCUGGACUUUGAAGUUGAAUCGACCUAUGAUGUCGUGGAGGUGCGGGACGGGGCGGGGUUGAAGUCCACCUUACUAGCUGUCCUCACUGGCAGGGAUGGCCCCGCCCACGACCUCUUCUCAACAACCAAUCAGGUGACAGUGUGGUUCUUUACAGACGAAUCGGGUCACGGCCGAGGAUUCAGUGCCAACUUCACCUCCGGGGUCAACCUGGGGUCCCCAGCUCCGUGUGCGGUCGGUCAGUUCCAGUGUCAGACAGGAAGAUGUAUUCGUGGUGACUAUCAGUGUGACAGCGUGGUCGACUGUCCCGACGCCUCUGAUGAAGCUGGCUGCGUUGUGCUGCAGGUGAACGGUUCCAGUCGCCUUCAGUUUCAGCUCAUCUCCUCUCUGUACACUGUGUGUGCUGACAACUGGAACUUUCACCUGUCUGACUUCACCUGUCAGUACCUGGGAUACAGGUCCGGGGAGGCCACACUGCUGCCGGCUCUGCCUCAGGAUUCCCCGUUUACAACGGUCACAGUCACCAGCGAUGGAACACUGGAUACCAGGAUCAGUGAAACAUGCAGCAGUGAGAAAGUGAUUUCACUGAAGUGUGACAACCAACCUUGUGGCGUUCGACAGAUCACCAACAACACGAGGGAGACCAACCAAUCAGCAGAGAGGAUACCUGGUCAAGGUGUGGUUAGAGUGGUGGGCGGGGUUGACACGGUGAAGGGGGCGUGGCCAUGGAUUGUGUCUUUGCAUUGGAGGGGGCGUCAUGUCUGUGGAGCCUCAUUGAUUGGCAGAGAUUGGCUGCUGACCGCUGCACACUGCGUCUACGGGAAGAACGUCCACCUGAUGUCGUGGUCGGCUGUUUUCGGUCUUCACUCUCAAAGUGACUUAAACUCUGUGGACGUUCAGACCCGACAAGUCGAUCGCAUCGUCAUCAACAGGCAAUACAACAAACAGACCAAACAGGCCGACAUUGCCAUGAUGCACCUGCAGCAGCCAAUCAGCUUCACCGAGCUGGUGCAGCCGGUGUGUUUACCUCCUGAAGGUCAGGACGUCGCAGCAGGAACAAGAUGUUUCAUCGCAGGAUGGGGACGAGACGCUGAGCAGGGUUCUCCCACAAAUGUUCUCCAGGAGGCUGAGGUUCCGGUGCUGGUUCAGGAUCAGUGUCAGCUUCAGUUACCUGAGUACACCAUCACCUCCAGCAUGCUGUGUGCCGGAUACCCAGAGGGGGGGGUCGACUCCUGUCAGGGCGACUCUGGAGGCCCACUGAUGUGUCUGGACGAUAGACACUGGACUGUGAUUGGUGUGACAUCGUUUGGGAAAGGCUGCGGGCGUCCUCAGAGACCUGGAGUCUAUGCCCGGGUUUCUGCCUUCACCUCCUGGAUCGCUCAGACCAGACGCUCCUCCUCCUCCUCCUCCUCCAACUUUAAUCCGUAGAGUGAUGAGAUGACCCCCCCCCCCCCGCCGUAUUAACCAGACCCACCUGAGCUUUUCUUAAGUCAGCUUUGUCCACAACAGCAAUUUCAAACUCUGUUUCCCAACGUAAUUAACAUAAGUCACAUGACACAACACAAAGGAGGUCAACCAGUCGACAUCCAUGAAGCCGCUGACCUCCCUCCCCUGUGAAGGUUAGGCUAAGGGGCUUUAACUCGCUAGCUACACACUUUAGCUAGCUAACGCUAAUGCUAAUACGUAACUUAUGUAGGAUGCACAACUUACGUAACAUAAUUAAAAACCUUAAUCGAUCUUGUUUCACACGGGAACCGAACGCCGGCCUCCUGAGUGAAAGUCCAGUUUUGACCCGUCCAACCUCCUUAUACAGACACGUCACCUGACAUCCUCUGCGGCUGCUGUUGUACGCCUCUAGAGGGCGGAGCCACAGGAAACGUAAUUAUGGGUUGUAGCAACUCGGUUGUACAAAUAUCUGAGUGUUUCUCUGGUGAGGACGAGAGACACUGAGAGACACUGAGAGAGAGAGAGCAACCUGUUGCUCAACGCCCGCAGAACCAAGGAGACGACAACACUCCUGUCUGCAUCAGUGGAGCUGAGGAGGAGCAGGAGGAGGAGCUGAGGAGGAGCUGAGGAGGAGCAGGAGGAGGAGCUGAGGAGGAACAGGUGAACCAGAGAUAAAUGCCUCCUGAUGGGAUAGAAGAUAUUUUAAUACAUUCUGUAACGUGUGAGGUCCUACUGGACAGAACCCGCCCAGCCUGUCCGCCCUGCUGCAUUCUGGGAAGAGAUGGCACCUGCAGAGCAGAGCCCUGUAGAGAGGGAGUUCAGUCCAAAAUCCCCGAAGUCCUGGACAGGCAAAACGCUGCUGUGCACGUCAGAGGUCGCACGCCUCUGGAGCAGCGAGCGGUUAAGUGUCUCGCGCAGGGACUCAGUGGAGAUUGAACCCACCAAAGGCAUGCGUCUUGUCCACUGCACCAUCGCCCCCCGUCUUCAUCAAUGAAUAAACUCAGCGUGUUUAGUGGUUUGUGAUCUGCGUCAGUCUACAGCAGACGCUGAGAAAGGAGGAUGAACGUUUCCCAGCUGAGGAGGAAGAAAUGGCCGACUCAGGUCAACAGGAGCCAAAAAUACGUGAGUGACGUCAGAUCCGAUUGGAUCCAGCAGGGGGCGGAAGUGAUCCAGAACGGACUCAAACCACCAGAAGAAGAAGAAGAGCUACCGUGGAAAAGCGUUUCUGUUUCAGUCUGGUUCUACUAACAGCUGAUGGACCGGGUCUGAGAGAGACCCGGACCCAGAGCGGAGCCGGGUCAGCGCUAGGAACAAGGAGGAAAAAAAAGAAGCAGAAGGAGAAGAAGGAGGUCAUCAUCGUCCCGGAAGUGACAGCGAGAGCCCUCGGGAGGCUAACCGGCGUUAGCAGGUGUUAGCAGAGUCGACGGCAGCAAAGUUUGUCUCUGAAGGAGAACGGCAACGGCCUCUUUAAAGCUGGAGACUGGCUGGAGGCGGAGCGGAGCUACAAGGAGGCGCUGGUUUUAUGUCCGGUUUGUUUCAGCAGAGAGCGAGCCGUGCUGU